AGUGCUGUUCCUGUACCAACGAGAAUGAGGUUUUGGUAAAGACAUACAGGAUGACUAAGGGGUGCUGGCACUUCUGACCUUGUUGACUGUGCUCUGUCAGGCCCAGUGGAUAAACUGAGGCAGAGCAGAGAGUGACUUGUCUAGAGUACCUGGAUGGAGGCUGAACAGCCUGAACACCUGAGGAGCUGUGAGGACAACCUGUGAUUGUUCUGAAGACAUGGCAGCAAGCAGGGAACCUGAUGGACACAACAUGGAAGAAUUCACUGAUUUACUCACAAAAACACUCUGUAGAGAGGUUCUGAAGCACCUGAUAACUGAAGAGGGAGCCUGGGAGGCGUUUGUGGAGGCAGCAGAGUUGUCAAGUGAGCAGGAAGAUGCACUGCGUGAUGCCCUGACUGAGCGACUAGCACAGGAGCCCACAGAUGAAGAUGAUGAGACUCAACAGGAGCUGCAGAAGAAGAGGUUUUUGGAAGAACUUCCUGAGUUGAAAAGGAACCUUGAAGGACACAUCAGGAAGCUCCGAGACCUGGCUGACCAUCUUGACCAGGUGCACAAGGACUGCACCAUCUCCAAUGUGGUGGCCGACUCCACCGGCAUUUCCUCUGCAGUCCUGGGCAUCCUUGGUAUAGUUCUGGCACCCUUUACAGCGGGGGGCAGUCUGGUGCUCACAGCAACUUCAGUGGGGCUAGGAGCAGCAGCAGCUGUGACUGGUAUCACUACCAGCAUUGUGGAAGAAUCAAACAAAGGGUCAGAUGAGGCUGAAGCUGAGAAGGUGGUUAAUGCCAUCAUGGACACACUACAUGAUAUUUUAAUGAUAAUUCCUAAGAUCAGUGUCAAACUUCAUUCUAUGCAUGAGGAUGAAGACAGCCAAAAGUCCAAGCAACUGUUACUUGCCAUAAAGUCGGUUGCUGGCAUUUGUCGUUCAUUCUGUUCUUUCAGAAUAGCCAGUGCAAUCAGCCUUGCACGUGGACUUAACCUUGCAAGAGGUCUCAGUGCUACAAGAGGACUCAGGGUUGCAGGAGCAGGCCUUAAUUUUUUAUUGUUUGGAAUAGAUAUAUACAACCUUAUAAAUAACUCAAAGGAUUUGAAUAAAGGAGCACAGACAAAGAGAGCUGGAGAAUUUCGGGACCUGGCUAAGAGCGUGGAGGAGAAGUUGCAGGAAUUGGAGCAGAUCCACAUAGCUCUGCAGUCAGACUUAUUUCAGUGACUCCUCCCUCAGCAGCUAAGAGUUCAGGGGAGAGGACACCUACAGGGGGCGGGGAUGUGGAGGUACACUGUCAUAAGGGAAAUAGUGUGAUGUUAAGUCUGUGGAUCCUAGUGUGUAGUGAAGAGUUUGUAUUUCUGUGUCUGAGCACAGCAAGGUCAAUGCAGACAGCCAGUGACUCAAGGAGAAGACAGAAACUGGAGUCUGAAAGAAGGAGCCAGAGUGACCUAGAGAGUGGGGAGUGGGACUGAACAUGGUGGGUGUGAACAGGGAGGGCUGUACAGGAACAACCAAUGAGAAAGCAGGAAAACUGGGGAGCUGAGAAUGGGAGAAAGCCAGAGUGGGAGUUCUGGGUAUGGAGAAGACACAGCAGGCAACCACAUCCCCUCCCUGACGGAAGGGUCCCCAUGACUUCUAGGCUAUUCUUCCAGCAUCAGCAGGAUCAACUCACCCUGUGUCCUCCAGGUAGUGACCUCUGGACAGUGACAGUGAUGGUGAUGGUGGUGAUGAAGAUGAUGUUGAGGAUGGUGGUGGUGACAGCAGAAAUAUGGAGUUCUUGAGAAGUAGCCAGCCCUCCUAGGGGACAGGGUCACCUGAGAGACCAAUGUUAUUAAGUGAAUGUCUGUGUGCUGUGAUGGGUCAUUGUGGGUUCUGGGGGUAGAGAGUCAAGGCGAUUUGCAUAAGAGGUCAAAUAACAUGUGGUUUGGAGACAACUCCACUGUGAAAGGAGACUUAGGCUGUGACCCUAAGCUUCUUCUGCGGGAGGGUGGGAUUGGGGGAUAUGCUGGCUGAGAUGCUAUCUCAAAUGAACAGGCUUUGUUCCUCU